CUCGCUGUGGAAAUAGUGAAGCAAGCCAGGUUGGAGAGGAUGAGCUGGUCCGGGUGGCUCGCUGCUCUGUCAGCCUGUGUACUGCUGCUGAGCUCCCCUUCCUCAGGUGGGCCCAGCGGGGUCUCCUCGCCUCCCCCCUGCCCGGUGCCAUGCCGCUGUAAUGCUGAGCGAGGAGUGGACUGCUCCGGGAAAGGACUUGUAGCCGUGCCAGAGGGGCUCAGUGUCUUCACCAACAUGCUAGAUAUCAGCAUGAACAAUAUCACCAAGCUACCAGAAGGUGCCUUUAAAGGAUUGCCAUAUCUAGUAGAAUUGCGACUGGCUGGUAAUGACCUCUCUUUCAUCCAUCCCAUGGCCUUGUCUGGCCUGAGAGAACUCAAAGUUCUGACUCUUCAAAAUAACCAGCUGAAAACUGUCCCCAGUGAAGCUUUGAAAGUCCUGAGUUCUUUACAGUCUUUGCGACUAGACGCUAACCAUAUUGUCACCGUGCCAGAUGACAGCUUUGAGGGCCUUGUGCAGCUUCGACAUCUGUGGCUGGAUGACAACAGUUUAACAGAGGUCCCGGUUCGUCCCCUCAGUAACCUUCCAUCCCUUCAGGCCUUAACGCUGGCUCUAAACAAAAUCACUCACAUACCGGAUUAUGCCUUCUCGAAUCUGUCAAGCCUUGUUGUUUUACAUCUCCACAACAAUAAAAUCAAAACUCUUGGACCGCGCUGCUUUGAUGGGUUGGAUAGCCUUGAAGCGCUGUAAGUGAACAUAAACUUGGCAGAUUUUGGGGAAUUAAUUAAAACUGGAGCAGACAAUCUGGAGGAGCUAGGUUUUCACAGCAAUUCCAUUACAACUAUACCUGAUGGAGCAUUUGAGAAGAACCCAUUGCUAAAAAGCAUACAAUUGUAUGAUAAUCCGUUGUCUUUUGUCGGGAAUUCAGCUUUUCAAAACUUAUCAGACCUCCGCUUCUUGGUUAUUCGAGGAGCAUCUGAUAUCCUUUGGUUCCCAAACUUGACUGGAACAGUGAACCUGGAGAGCCUGACGUUAACAGGCACAAAGAUCAGAAGCAUUCCACUGAACCUGUGCCAGGAACAGAAGAUGCUUCGAUCUCUAGAUCUUUCCUAUAGUGAAAUAGCAGAUCUGAAUGGGUUGAAGGGUUGCAGUUCAUUGGAGGAAAUUUACCUGCAACACAAUCAAAUUACUGAAGUUCAAAACGAGUCUUUACAAGGCUUGACAUCGCUACGUGUGCUAGACCUCAGCAGGAAUUCGAUCCGUUGGAUUCAUAGUGACGCUUUCACCACCUUGACUUCUAUCUCUAAACUAGACCUCAGUUUUAAUGAACUGACAACAUUUCCUACUGGAGGACUUCAUGGCCUGGCUCAGCUAAGGCUUACGGGCAAUCCUACCUUCAAAGAAUCACUGUCGGCAAAAGACUUCCUAAAACUUCAGUCGGUGUCUGUCCCAUACGCUUACCAGUGCUGUGCAUUUUCUGCAUGUGACUCUUACUUGACCUCGACUGUCGAAGACGACGGGUCAAAAUAUCAGAAAUUGCUGCAGGACCAUGAGAAAGGAGCCCUUGAAGAUUAUAUGAUCACAGAGGAUGAUAAGGAUCACGUCCAAGCUGCAGUCCACUGCAAUCCAUCCACAGGUGCUUUCAAACCUUGUGAGUACCUGCUUGGAAGCUGGAUGAUCCGGCUCACUGUGUGGUUCAUCUUCCUUUUAGCCCUGAUCUUCAACAUCAUUGUCAUUGUGACCAUGUUUUCUUCCUGCUCGCCGCUGACAUCCUCUAAGCUCUUCAUCGGUCUCAUCUCUGUCUCUAAUCUCUUCAUGGGCAUUUAUACUGGCAUUUUGACAGUACUGGACACCGUCUCUUGGGGACAUUUUGCAGAGUUUGGCAUCUGGUGGGAAACUGGCAGUGGAUGCAAAGUUGCUGGGUUCCUAGCAAUUUUCUCUUCAGAGAGUGCCAUUUUUUUCUUGACCUUGGCAGCCAUCGAGCGAAGUUUGUCUGCAAAGGAUAUAAUUAAGAAGGAAAAGAGCCAGCAUUUAAAGAAAUUUCAGAUUGCAUCAAUUCUUGCUCUGUUUCUUGCCAUAGCAGCUGGUUGCUUGCCAUUAUUUCAUGUUGGAGAGUUUUCUUCCUCUCCUCUCUGCUUGCCUUUCCCGACGGGAGAAACUCCCUCGUUGGGCUUUACAGUUACCCUGGUGCUUCUUAACUCGCUGGCUUUUUUGGUCAUGGUCAUCACCUACACUAAACUGUACUGCACAUUGGACAAGGAAGACCUCUCAGAAAGUGCCGAGUCUAGUAUGAUCAAACAUGUGGCCUGGCUGAUCUUCACAAACUGCAUCUUCUUUUGUCCCGUCGCUUUCUUUUCUUUUGCCCCACUGAUCACGGCAAUUUCCAUUACUCCAGAAAUCAUGAAAUCUGUGACUUUGAUAUUUUUCCCUUUGCCAGCUUGCCUCAAUCCAGUACUGUAUGUGUUUUUCAACCCCAAAUUCAAAGAAGACUGGAAACUUUUAAAAUGGCACUUGACAAAGAGAAGUGGUUCUGUUGCAGUUGCGACCAAUGCACAGAGAGGGUGCGUAACUCAAGAUUUUUAUUAUGACUUUGGAAUGUAUUCCCACCUACAAGGUAACUUUGCAGUGUGUGAUUACUGUGAGACUGUUCUAUUAAAGAAUCCACUGCCUUGCAAACACUUGAUAAAGUCUCACAGCUGUCCUACGUUAGCAGUUGUGCCUUGCCACCGAUCGGAAAACUACUGGUCGGACUUUGGUACUCAGUCGGCCCACUCAGAUUGUGCAGACGAGGAAGAUUCGUUUGUGUCAGACAGUUCUGAUCAGGUCCAGGCCUGUGGUCGCGCCUGCUUCUACCAGAGCCGUGGAUUUCCCUUGGUUCGUUAUGCAUAUAAUAUACCGAGAAUGAAAGACUGAGACUUUACUGCUAAACUCAUUUCCGAAGGACUAUAGCAGUGGCCAUAGAGCACAAAUCAUUUAAGGACCCAACAGCAAAGGGAGCACUUUUGCGAGCACGUCGCUUAGAAGAAGGGAAGUGGCCAAGGACUUCAGGACUCGGG